AUGGCGCCCAUCCGCCGCUACCUCCGGAUCAGCAAAUACACAGUCCUCGAAUGCCGGAUCUACCUCGAGAACCCGUCCGAUAUACGGUGGCUCCUGAACGCGCGUGACGCCGUGCUUCCACGCGUAUUCGCAGCGAUCCGGCCGCUCGUGCUGCCCAAACUACGCGAGGAGAAUGAGCGCUUAUUUGCGAAGAAGAAGGGGAAGCCGGUGAAAGAUGUUAUCUCUGAAGAGGAAUUCGAUGUUGCGUUGUUUUUGCGCGAGUCGAGGACGCGCCAUUCGCUUCUUACAAGGCAUAAGGAGUUUGAUGAGGAUGAGGGGGGCUACGCUGUGGGUAGGGGGACAGGGUCUGGUCCUGGUGGGGCUGGGGCUGGGAUAUUGAUUGAGAGUGAUGAUGAAGGAGAGGGUUUGGAGAUGCGGGAUAUUCCACAGGCGACUAGUGAUGAUGAUGGCGCGGGGGCGAAACGUCAGCGGGAUGAUGCUGAUGGGCAGUCUGAUGACUCGCCGGAGCGGCAGCGUACAUCGAAGCGGAGGAAGGAUGAUGGUACGCUAUCGCGAGAUGCAGAUGAUGGCGAUGACAAGAAGAUGCGCUUCAGGACCAACUACGAGGGAUUCAAUAUCUACGGCUGGGUGCUGUGUCUGCUUGUCACGCGGAAAGGUGACAAGACGGGAACAAGAGCUGCCACGGCAGAACCUGGUCGUCAGGUCCUCAUGGAGGAAUGGAUAUCAACCCAGGCGCAAGGCGAUCUGCCCGAAGAAUAA